AUGUACGCCGCUGCGGCGGGCCUCUACCCCUCGUCCUCGUCCUCGUCCGUCUCCUUCGCCGUCGGAGUACUCCGGCGCAGUGCGCCGGCGCGGAAGAUGAUAGGCCUCGCCUUCUCUCCGCGCGCCUUCUUGCCGCUGGCCAGAUCGUCGCUUUCGUGUUCUUCCGUUUGUGUUUCUUCCUCUGCCAGCUCAGGUGUGGAUCAGGAGGGUGCCCGUCCGAAGCCUUGGCUUCUUGUCGGGCUUGGCAAUCCCGGCAAAUUGUACGACGGAACUCGGCACAACGUAUGUAUGCUACGGCCCUCCAUUCGCUCAAUCCUGGUCUGUAAAAUGAAUGAAAUGCGUUUUUGAUUCGAUGAGGAUUCGAUGCUCGAUUGGAAUUGCAUUGUGGUUAAAACAUCCCCUUCGAUUGGCGCGUUGGGUGCUCGGACGCAUAGCCUUUCAAAGAAAGUUUCACGAUGAGGUUCUUAGUCGUAGCAUAUAUGGUUUUAAUGCUCGUUCAGAUGAACAGAGCGAGUGGACUGUUGAAUUUAUUUUAUGAUUUUCCUGGAAUUUUCGUACAUUACGUUAGUGAAUCUCUUCGCAGUGUAUCUGGUAAGCCAGGGUUCAGAACUUUGAUCACGAAACUUCGUAUUCCUUUUAUUAGGAAAUAAGAAAAGGCACUGAUAGAAAGGUCGGAGCGCCGACGAUAACCAAAAGGAUUCCAGCUCACAAGACCCCAGUAAAUAGUUCAGUAUUUGAUGUGGCACAGAGAACCGGCAUGUUACCUGUGCUCAUCAUUGUACUUUGAAGCACCAUGUGUGCCGAGUCUUCUGAUUCUUCAUCCUCCCUUUUGAAUUAACCUCUGAGACGUCAUCAAACCCAGAGAUGCUUCCUGCGUUUGCCACACAAAUGGGCGCACUUGGAUGAAGCAACGGAUUCGUCCAUACCAUUGGUAAUGCACCCACACUAAGCUAUUAUUUCCCACGUCACUAGUUAUUGUGUCCAUAUACAUAGAUUGCAAUCAAUCUUGAAAGUCGAGAUAGAAUGCCCAAGUCCGAGCUCAAAUUUCUUCAGUGGUUCAUUUUAAAAAGGCACACGUAGUAUAGGAUACACUGUGUUUUGUGGAUAAUGAAGAUAUGCAAAAGUUUUUGUAUAUUUUUCAUGGUUGUAAGACGGUAUCCGACCAUAUGCUGUGGAGAUUUUUUUUGAUUCCUUAGUUUUCGAGGGAUUUUUUGUAUCUAGCAUUUUGUCCUCCUUUUCUCAUUACAAUUCUCUAUCAUCUACGUUCAAGAAAGAAGAUUAUAGCCUUGUUUGACCCAAAAUGGUAUCGACUUUCAGAUCUUUAGCUUGACUAAAGUGUCACUAGUCAAUGCGCUAAAGACUUACACUUGAAUCGGUAAUGAAUGAUAUAUUACUUCAUUUAGCCUUGUACUUUUAUUGAUUAAGGCUGCCUCAUUUAGCUGUAGGGGCUAUUUCUUGAAACAGGUACGUAUUGAAGAGUGCCAAAACUGUGAUAUUUUUAUGAAAGAGAAUAUUCAUCUUUGGUAGUUUUUCACUGUGUAAGCUAUGUCAUUUGCAUACAUCAAACGCUCAGGGAAACGCUAAAUAUUUUUUCCGACAUUUUGACUGGUGAGAUAGUAAUGUUUAAUGUGUUGAAUGAUUUUUCGAGGUAUUAGGAAAAAUGUAGUAGGCGCACUAUUUUCAUGUAUAAUCAGAUCUUUCUGCCUCGCCCUCUCUUUCGUGAACUAUUUCCAUCUACUGGUCUUCUAUUUUUAUUUUUUCCAAGUCUAAAUCCUGAUUUAAAUUUUUUCCCGGUGAAAACUUGGAGAGAAAUUGAAAGGCACAGAUUCUUACAGAGACCAUAAGAACCCAACAAUCACAAUGGCCAGUAAACGGCAAUCUGUGGGCUGUGUUGGACUGGUGCCUACAAUAACCUCUUUUAGGGUAUCAAGGAAGUCUACUGUCACGAGUACACCUUUUACAUGGUGGGCGUCCUACGAUCUUCACCUCACUAUCUUAGCCCAACAUUGCAUUGAACACAACUGCUUCCUGGGGAUGAGUACUGUUAGUAAACCUUGGGCAUAGCCCAAGUUCUCUAUUGUUGCAAUGGCCCUCUAUGACCUAGCUAAUGUGAGGUCUUGGGUCAAUAAUCAGGUUAAAUAAUGUAUGUUUGAUUUAAAUAUUAAAAAAAGAUAAUAUAACAACAUCGUUGUACUAAGGUAUUAAGCUAUUCCUUUGGAGUAUGAUAGAGCAUUUGUGAGAGAGAAUUCAGAAAAGAGAAUGGGAUUUCAUCAAAUAACAAAUACUGGGUAAGACUUCUGAAAUAUACAGCUGUGUGAUGAAGUUGUAAAAAAAGAGGAUAUAAAAUAUUGUCGAAUUACGAUUCUAGCAGAGACUGUGGAAAUACUUCAGCCUCUGUACAAUGACGUGUUGUUUUAUCGGUCAUUCGAAAUCUCUCUUGGGAAAUCAACGCCAUUUUUUGAGAAAGUUCUUGCUCUACCGAAUCCACAAUUAAAAGAUCCUUCAAUUUACCAUGCAUAAUCUUUUACUCUAACAAGAACUCACCUCAUGUUCAUUAAUUUCAUUUCCUACUCUGCAUUUUAGGUGGGUUUUGAGAUGGUGGACUACAUAGCGCAUGCUGAAGGGAUAUCUAUCAGCAAUAUUCGUUCUAAAGCUUUAUUUGGCAAAGGUUUGUCCUUAUUUUGGAUAAUGGUGUUGCUGCAUCUCUGAAACACGUUUCGUUCCUCAAAUGACCAGUUCAGCAAGUCUGGUUCUUCUUGGUAUGGUCGGGAAUUCGAUAUUUGCUGGUUUCUGAAUAAUAUAUUCAAACUUUUAAUAUUACUGAAGAAGUGACAUUUCUCUUAAGAACUAUCAUUCAUAUUGGCUUUUGUAAAGGGAUAUUACAACUUUGGUUGACAAGUCUUGCUUUUUAGUCCUGUGCUAAAGAGAAGCAUCUCUACUGGAUGGAAAAGUAGACAACUGGUUGGCAAAACAUAAGAAUGGUGAAUAAGCAGUCAAAACUGACAAUAAUUGAUGACAAAACGGAAGAUUUUAAAUUAAGAUUUUUUCCGUAGAAAACACAAUCAAGAUUAAAAGAAGUUCAUCAGGUUUAGCUUAGAAGGGUAGUUUUGUGAAAGGCCCAAAAUUACGAAUAGAGAUAUUAUAAAAAUUCUAUAAUUUUUACAAUGAUAAAUGAAAUACGUAGAAUAUUUAAUGUUCUUUCCGGAUUGCAGGAUGGGCUGAAUUAUCCCUAGUGAAAAUAGGAUAUGCUGUCAAAGGUAUACGUUACCAGCAAACAAGAGAUACCAAAUCACUUAGAUUGGUGCAAAAAGACCAUUUUAGUGUACUAAAGGUCCAAGUUGACGAACUAGGUAAUCAGGGAUACAUCGUGACAUAUGAUGUAAAAAGGUACAACUGUUUUAAGGUUCUAGAUUUGGUAGCGAAGGAGAAGCAGCAUAAAUAAACCUAUGGUUUAUAAGAUUAUAAUUUCUUGGUGAAUGGAGAUUAAUUUCUAUUAUACACUGUAACAAUCAUAUUGCCAUCAAACUGAAGAGAAACUUUAUCAUGUGAUGAAGAAUCUAAUUAUAUUCUGCACAGCAGAUCGGUGGGCAACAGGGAACCCUUAUUGACAAUUUAUUGUCUUUGUGGUUAGCUAAGAAGAGUUCUCUUCGUCAGCAUCUUUAUGCGUGGUGAUUGGACUUAUAGAAAGUCACUGAAUGCCUCACCAAAGCUCCAUUGGACCUUUCAUGAAUUAUGGCUAGCCUAAUGGGACCAUGUAGAGACCAUGUAGGAUUAAUAUGAAAGGUAGCCUGCAGUGGCAUGGUGAGAGAAUGUAACUUGAUAUGAGGUUAGAUGUUGCAUUGGGAUGAGGUUAGUGACCAGAUAUUGAUCAGUUUGGAGGUUGUACAGCAGUGUACGGAGAAGAUUGGCCUGAUUUGAAGCCAAAGCCAAAAAGAACAUUACUUUAAGGACUUGUAAUGCAUGUCAGCGAAAGUGAUGAGGAGAGCUUUAUUGGGCAAAGUGACAGUGAUGAAGAUCUCACCGCAGGAAACCCAUCACAUAAUCUCUUUGAAUGGAAGUGCUGUAACUUCCCACCUUAUCUGCCAGUGAGAAGAAUGAGAGCUCGCGAGGAACUGCAAUGACUUUCCUGUUGAACUUGAACUUUUUGUUGCAUUUUUUCCCAAUCUGCCGUUUUUUCAUGAUAAGGUUGCUCUCAAAUCAGUGCAGACAUUUGCCGUGAAAUUGGAGCUGAUCUGAAUUCCAACUAUUGCUUAUUUUUUUGAUUCGGUGGUUAUUUUAUUCAAUGAGAACUGAUUCAGACUUAGCAUGCAAUGAGCACUUGGGAGGCCAAAUCGCCUUUUCGAGUUUUCACAGAAUUUACUGUUGUUUUAAUCCCAUGAGCUUGAGCAUGUUUCUCCGUUCCCUACAGACCAUGUUCCCCUUCUUUGUCUAAACGUGAUUACACAUACCGGCCAUCAUUUCCAUGUUGCAAUUGGUAUUGCCUAUAACAUCAUAUUUUCUUACAGUUAUGUUGUGGCGGUGAUUUUAUGUUCUGGAACAGUAUACAGGCGGACACACGUCCAGUAGUCUUUACAUGCAAAUGUCCAUAAGAAAGUGUGAAUGUGCCAUAAGUUCAAUCUUCAAUUUGAUUUCUUUGUCUGGUUUCUGGUAAUUCACUGGAAGGUAGGGAUAGUGCAGGUCUCUGGGGCACUAGGUUUGGGUGUUGUUGUAAACCUUUAUACUCUGGAAUGUGCAUCAUCUUGACCAGCGCAUGUAUCAGUUACAAAUUUUCAAUACUAUCUCAUAGAAACUAUGCUUCAUGCUUUGUUGCGAGAGAGAACCUCAUUGUAUUUGUGAAAAGUAUCAUGCAUAACGAUAAACAUCACUGCCACAACAUGGACUCAUACUCUUUGAAUUGAAUUCUUUCAUGGACUCAUACGUUAUGAAAAUAUUGACUUCUGGUGCCCUAAUCCAACUUUUUUAAUUUGUUCAGGACAAAUUGGAAAUGUUCCAGUUAUGUUUGCCAAACCACAAACUUUUAUGAAUGGGAGUGGUGAGUCUGUAAGUACUGUCGCAUCAAAGGAACUUUAUUAGCACCAAUCAGUUUAGUUUUGUGUAUUAUACAAUUGAUUCUCGCUUCUCAGGUUGCAUCACUUGUUGCGUAUUUUAAAGUACCCUUGAAUCAAGUCCUUCUGGUACAGUGUUCCCAUCGGUCGACUCUGUGUUUCUUAGGUUGGUUCUCCUUUCUAUCAGGAUUGUGACUCUCAUUUUGUAUCUUCAGAUUUAUGAUGACCUCGAUUUACCUUUUGCAUCGUUGAAGUUGCUUCCUAAAGGGGGACAUGGUGGUCACAAUGGGUAUAUUCUUCCUCGCUUAGUUCUUUUUCUAUGAUAUAUGGUCACAAACAACUGUAUUCUUCGUCACUUAUUUCACAUAUUAUGUGUGCGUGAUUAUAUAUGCAUACAUAUCCGGUUCUGGGAUCAGGUCUUGUCACAGAAGUAAUAAUUUCUCUUUCCACGCCAAUGAACUGAAUUGAAUAUUGCAUAGAUGAGAAAGGUGACCAGAUAACAGGGUUAAAAAGGAUGAAAAGAAAUGAAGACAACACAUCUCUAUUCAGAAGUGUCGUGUGAGCAACGAUGUAUUAGGAGCUCAUUGUGCCAGUCAAAAGCAUAGUGGAACACAGUGAAGUGAGAACACCCUCAGAAUGCUUAGGUGGAAAAUCUCCCUCACGAAGAAGGAGACGAUCAUAACCAUCCACAUGGACUCUGAUCAAGAUUCACUGUCGCUCAUCCAUCAGUGUAGUUGAUUGACCUACUUGCCCUCUAAUGAUGCAACCCAUUUGGUUGGUUUUCAUAGUGGAUACAAUUUAUGCAGAGAAAGUAGGCUUGGAUCAAGUCUUGAUAUAGUUCUGACCCUGACCAGUCAGUGAAGUGAAUCUGGUGGAAGAAAAAUAAAUUGAAGAUCGGGCAAACAAAAAUUCAAGGUAAAAUAAGCAAAAGAAUAAACCAGAGAAAACUAGGAGAAAGACAUAAAAGCCUAAAUUAGAAAUUUAGUUUUAUUAUCCCUCUUCUCUCCUAGUUUUUCCUUUAUUUUUCUGUUUCUACUUCUGGUGAGCAAGGAUUUGGGUUUGGGGUUAUUGACUUUGUUUGUCAAUUCUAGGCAUGGAGAUUCUCUGUGUGAGAGGAUCAGAUGAAAAUUAGAUAAACGAGUCUUGGUUAUCCAUGUAGACUUAUCUAAUUGUGCUACUGGGGUUCUUGAAGGAAUUGAGUGAGAAUUUAUAUGCACGACAUUUAAUUUGAUAUAAUAUCCUUCUUCUGAAUACAGGAUGAGAAGUGUUAUUCAGCGCUUCAAGGGAGUUAAAGAUUUUCCACGUCUGAGGAUAGGUACAUCCGUGUAGCUCUUUUCCAUCCUUUUAUAGCAUAACAAGGUUAUGCUAUGGUUCUUUUAUAACAUAAGAUGUUAUUCGGGAUUGUAUGUAGGUAUUGGCCGACCACCUGGGAAGAUGGAUCCAGUGAACUUUGUUCUAAAGCCUUUUAGUAAGAAAGAACUCGAAGAGGUGCAAUUUAUCUCCCAUUCCUGUGUUCCCUGCAUGCCUUUUGACAGUCUCAUCAACUGUUCCAAUCCCAUCGCCCCAUGAAGGCCACAGGGAGAGGAUGGCCUUCUAAACUGGAUCUCUUCCAAGUCUGGCCUGGCCCCAGCAAAGUGAUUUCACAGCCAGGCUGUAAGCCUGCCCACAGAGUAGAUCCUUUGGAGACUGGUUGCUCUGAUUCACGGAUUGAUUGAUUAUCUAUUGCAUGCCAAUGUUGAUGUAUGAACCAUUGAAUGAACGUUUAUUUGCCUAUAAAUAGUACCACUAAGAACUGAUUCUUUAUAUCCUCUGUAUUUCUUAUGAACAUGUUUUCUCCUGUUGUUCAUUCAUCCUCUCUCAGUGUUGAACUAAUCUUGUAAAUUGCCUGCAUUUCAGCUCAGUCUCAUGUACCAGAUUGGGCUCGAGGCGGUGAGAAUUCUUGUGCGUGAUGGGUUUGACAAAAGUGCAACUUUCGUCAACAGUGGGAAGUCAACGAAGCUUCUGAGUUGA